CACAAAAACAGCUUCCUGGCGGAGGGCGCGGCUCCACUGCGCAUCUGGCUGAAGGGGGUCUCUGGUCAGUGGCUGGGCAGCCGCCCCAGUGACUCGGUUUCUAGCUGACAAUUCAGCGAGCCAUCAUAGCUUGACUAACAGCUGGUGAGGGCAGAUGCCAGCCUAGCAAGCAAUACCUCCUAAUCAACCAGAGCCCAGGAAUCCAGAGAUCAGAAAGAGAAGCCCAGGAGGAGAAAAGGGUUCCAAGCAGCCCAGCUCUGAGGGCUCCAAGGAGCCCAGGAGCUGGUGGAGACACGUCACAUGGUAGCAAGUAAAAAAUUCAAAAUGGCUUCCCCAGAACCAAAGGGCCUUGUGCCCUUCACCAGAGAGUCCCUUGAACUUAUGGAACAGCGUAUUGCUAAAAAACACAAGGAGGAACAUGAAGAGGAUUUAAAGCCAAACAUUGACUUGGAAGUUGGAAAAGUGCUCCCAUUUGUUUAUGGAACUCUUCCCCGAGAAAUGGUGUCAGAGCCCUUGGAAGAUGUGGACCCAUACUAUCAUAAUCAAAAUACUUUUAUGGUAUUAAAUAAAAAGAGAACAAUUUUCAGAUUUAAUGCCACCUGGUGUACAUUGUCUCCUUUCAAUUCAAUUAGAAGAACAACUGUUAAGAUUUUGGUACAUCCCUUUUUUCGACUGUUCAUUUUGAUUAGCGUCCUGAGUGACUGCAUAUUUAUGACCAUGACCAUGACUGAUUUUCCAUACUGGGGGUCAAAAUUACAGAUCACUUUGCUUGGAAUUUACACGCUCGAAAUCCUUGUAAAACUCAUUGCCAGAGGCACCUGGACUGGACCAUUUUAUUUCUUUGGGGAUCCGUGGAACUGGCUUGACUUCAGUGUAACUUUAUUUGAGCAUAUAACCAUAUAUUCACCUCUAAACCUCAAUCCAAUAUUUAGGAUUGCAAGAAAUUUGAGAAUUUUGAAAAUGAUUCCUUUAAACCAAGGCCUGAAGUCUUAUGCAGGGAUCCUGCUCCAUUGCUUGAAGAAACUUACUGGUGCCAUUAUCCUUACUCUGUUUUUUCUGAGCAUAUUUUCUGUGAUCGGGAUGGGGCUCUUCAUGGGCAAGCUGAAGCAUAAAUGUUUCCGGUGGCCCCACGAAAACGCAACUGAAACCAUGCACAACAGAACCAGAAACCCAUAUUACAUUCGAGAAACAGAAAAUUUUUAUUAUUUGGAAGGAGAAAGAGAUGCACUCCUUUGUGGCAACAGAACAGAUGCCAGUCAGUGUCCUGAAGGAUAUAUGUGUGUAAAAGCUGGCAAAAAUCCUGAUAAUGGCUACACAAAUUUUGACAGUUUUGGCUGGGCCUUCUUAGCCCUAUUCCGGUUAAUGACACAGGACUUUCCAGAAGCACUGUAUCACCAGAUCCUUUAUGCUUCUGGAAAGGUCUACAUGGUAUUUUUUAUUGCAAUAAGUUUUUGGUUUGCCUUUUAUAUGGCAAGCUUGUUCUUUGGCAUAGUAGCUAUGUUCUAUGAAGAAGAAAAGCAGACAAGUGCUGAAAAAGCUAAGAAGACUGAUGCAAAAUUUCAGCAUACUUUAAAAGAACUUCAAGAAGAAGAUGAAGCAGCUGAGACCAAGACCACAGAAAUAGAACUGAAGAAAAAAUCACCAACUUCUAUGAUCACUUCUUUGGAUAUGUUGGAUGAUGCUACUGUCACUCAUAAAGAAGAAUGUAAAAAAUCUCGGAAGAGAUGUCCCUUGUGUUGGUAUAAAUUUGCUAAAAUGAUUCUGAUCUGGAAUUGUUCUCCCUGCUGGUUAAAAUUGAAAGAGUUUGUCCAUGUGAUUGUAACACACCCAUUUACUGAUCUUUUUCUAACUAUAUGCAUAAUUCUAAACAUAUUUUUUUUGGCCUUGGAAUGUUACCCAAUGAAUGAAGAAACCAUCAAUGUACUCCGCAUUGGAAACCAGGUUUUUAUUGGAAUUUUCACAACAGAAAUGAUUUUAAAAAUAAUUGCUAUGCAUCCGUAUAGGUAUUUCCAAGUAGGUUGGAACAUUUAUGACAGCCUAAUUGUGUUCCAUGGUUUAGCAGAGAUUAUUGUAACAAGUGUUUAUGGAUUGUCUUUCUUUCAUUCAUUCCAAGUGUUGCGAAUUUUUAAGUUGGGGAAAUACUGGCUGACAUUUAAGAUUCUGAUGCUGACUCUUAAUAACUCAUUGGUGGCCUUGAAAGACUUGAUCCUGCUGCUGUUCACAUUCGUGUUCUUUUCAGCCGUGGUCGGCACGAAGCUGUUUGGUUUCAGUUAUCAGAAAUGUGUGUGCAACUUAGACGAAGACUGUCAGCUCCCACGCUGGCACAUGAUUGAUUUCUUCCACUCCUUCCUGAAUGUGUUCCGGAUUCUCUGUGGAGAGUGGAUAGAGACUUUGUGGGACUGCUUUAACGUAGCAGGCCAAUUCAGUUGUAUUCCUUUUUACAUGAUGGUCAUUUUAAUUGGAAACUUACUGAUACUUUACCUGUUUCUGGCAUUGGUGACCUCCUUUAGUUCAUACAGUGCUACAACAAUUGAAGAGAAUGAUGAAGCAAAAAAUCUCCAGCGUGCAAUGGCAAGGAUUAAGAAAGGAAUACAUUAUGUGCUUUCUAAAAUAUUAUGUAAAAGACAAAAUGUUCCCAAGGACACAGUGGACAGUGCAAAUGAUAUAUAUGUUAAAGAGAAUAUUUCUGACCACACCCUUUCUGACUUGAGCACCACCCAAGAUUUCCUCAAGGACAAGGAAAGAAGCAGUGGCGCAGAGAAAAACACGAUGACUGAAAAUGCAAAUCAGUCACUUAUCUCCAGCCCUACUGUUUCUGAAACUGUACCAAUUGCUUCAGGAGAAUCUGAUGUAGAAAAUCUGGAUAAUAAGGAGAUUCAGAACAAGUCUGGUUAUGGCAGCAGCAAAGAGAAAGUAAAGCCAUCUAGCUCAUCUGAAUGCAGUACAGUCGAUAUCGCUGUCUCUGAAGAAGAAAUGAUCUAUGAACAUGAAAAGCCAAAGCAUCGUAAAAACAGUUAUGAACAAAGAUCUUCACCAGGUCAAAUCAGUAGAGAAUCCAAGAGAGGAAAAGUUUGGCCAAACAUAAGGAAAACAUGCUGCAAGAUAGUAGAAAACAGUUUUUUUAAGUGUUUCAUUGGCCUUGUCACUUUGCUCAGCACAGCUGCUCUGGCUUUUGAAGAUAUAUAUAUCGAUCAAAGAAAGACUAUUAAAAUCUUAUUAGAAUAUGCUGACAUGAUCUUCACUUAUAUCUUCAUUCUGGAAAUGCUUCUAAAGUGGAUGGCGUAUGGUUUUAAAGCCUAUUUCACUAAUGGCUGGUACAGGCUAGACUUCAUGGUUGUUAUUGUGUUUUGUCUUAGCUUAAUAGGCAAAUCUCGGGAAGAACUAAAACCGCUUACUUCCAUUAAAUUCCUUCGGGCGCUUAGAGUUCUAUCUCAGUUUGAAAGAAUGAAGGUGGUUGUGAGAGCUUUGAUCAAAACAACUUUACCCGCUUGGAAUGCGGUCCUGGUCUGCCUUAUGGUCUGGCUGGCCUUUAGCAUCAUGGGAGUCCACUUAUUUGCUGGCAAGUUCUAUGAAUGCAUUGACCCAACAACAGGAGAAAGGUUUCCUAUACAUGAAGUCAGUAAUAAGAGUCAAUGUGAAAGUCUUUUAUUUAAUGAAUCCAUGCCAUGGGAGAAUGCAAAACUGAACUUUGAUAAUGUUGGAAAUGGUUUCCUUUCAUUACUUCAAGUAGCAACAUUUAAUGGGUGGAUCGAUAUUAUGAAUUCAGCUGUUGAUUCUACUCAAGUAGAUAUGCAGCCUAAUUUUGAAGACAACCUCUACAUGUAUAUUUAUUUUAUUAACUUUGUUAUCAUUGGAUUAUUUCUUCCUCUGACUAUGCUGGUUGGUGUUAUUAUUGCUAAUUUCAACAAGCAUAAAGUAAAGCAAGGAGGUUCAAAUAUCUUUAUAACAGGAAAGCAGAAAAAACAAUACCAUGCACUGAAGAAGCUGAUGUAUGAGGAUUCUCUAAAAUCAACACCUCGCCCAGGAAACAAGUUCCGAAGAUUCAUCUUUGACUUGGUAACAAGUCGAGUUUUUAAUAUCAUCAUUAUGGUUCUUAUCUGCUUCCAAGCAAUAACGAUUAUGAUACAAAGUGAUGAACAGAGUGAACAAAUGGACACUGCCCUCUACUGGAUCAACUUCACUUUUGUUGUGUUGUACGCUGCAGAAUGUGUGCUGAAGCUAAUCUCUUUCCAUUGUAACUAUUUCACUAUUGGAUGGAACAUUUUUGAUUUUAUGGUGGUUGUGUUCUCCAUUACAGAACUAUUUCUGCCUCUGGCAGGAUACUACCUUGUACCUCCUCCCUUUGUGCAACUCAUACUUCUCUCUCGGAUCAUCCACAUCCUGCAUCCUGGGAAAGGACCAAAGGUGUUCCGUGAUCUGCUGCUUCCUUUGAUCCUCUCCCUCCCAGCAUUGUUGAACAUCAGUCUUCUCAUCUUCUUGGUCAUGUUCAUGUAUGCCAUCUUUGGAAUGUACAACUUUGCCUAUGUUAAAAAGGAAGCUGGAAUUAAUGAUGUGUCCAACUUUGAAACCUUUGGCAGCAGUAUGCUCUGUGUUUUCCAAGUCACAAUAUUUGCUGGUUGGGACGGGAUGCUUAAUGCCAUUUUCAACAGUAAAUGGUCUGACUGUGAUCCUGAAAAAAUUAACCCUGGGACUCAGGUUAGAGGAGACUGUGGUAAUCCCUCUGUUGGAAUUAUUUAUUUUGUCAGUUAUAUCAUCAUAUCAUGGCUGAUCAUUGUAAACAUGUACAUUGUUUUUGUUAUGGAGUUUUUAAAUAUUGCUUCUAAAAAAAAAGCCAGGACACUGAGUGAAGAUGAUUUUAGGAAAUUCUUUCAGGUGUGGACAAGGUUUGAUCCUGACAGGACCCAGUACAUAGAUUCUAGCAAGCUUUCAGACUUUGCAGCUGCUCUGGAUCCUCCUCUUUUCAUGGCAAAGCCAAACAGGGGCCAGCUUGUCGCCAUGGAUCUUCCGAUGGCCGUUGGGGACAGAAUUCAUUGCCUUGAUAUCUUACUUGCUUUUACAAAGAGAGUUAUGGGUAGAGAUGUGAGCAUGGAGAAAAUGCUUUCAGAGAUAGAGUCCGGGUUUAUGUUAGCCAGCCCUUUUAAGAUCACAUAUGAGCCAAUUACAACUACUCUGAAACGAAAGCAAGAGGCAGUCUCGGCAACCAUCAUUCAGCGUGCUUAUAAAAGUUACCGUUUGAGGCAAAAUGACAAAAAUACAUCAGAUAUUCAUAUGAUAGAUGAUGAUGGGGAAGAUAAAGCUACCAAAGAAGAUGCCUGUUCUGAUAAAGCUUAGCAAAAGUCCACUAUUCAAAGCCAUAUCUAAUUCCACUAACCACUUUUUCACUUUCUUUACAUCUCUCAAAAAUGUUAAAGGUUGAAGUCAGAAAUAAAAGCAAAGAUUAGAGAAAGUAAAGACUUCAGUUAAUAAUCAGUUGUUUACAACUCAUGGAAGUUAAGCUUUCACAAGACUCCAUGUUAAAUUCAGUUUUACCCCUCUGCAUUCAGUGUAAUCAGACAUCCCUUUAAAUCACUGCAGUGAGUGAAAGUGGGUUAUAAUGCCACUUGAUAAUCCAAUGCUUGUUUUCUCUAUAGGAUUUUCUCUAUGUGUGAUUCUUCUGGAGGAUGGGGAAGUGGGGGUAGAGAUUAGUAGCAAAGGGGUCUUCCCAGUAUAUUUUUAUGUCUACUUCAACUUGAUGGGAUCCAAGUCUCCUCUUUCUUAAUGUUGAAUAGUGUUUUAAAAGCAGUAUAGUGCUAUAGGCCAUUAAAUCAUGAACUUUCCUACACAGAUGCCAAUUGGGGGAAGAGGAAGGGCUAUUUUUAGAAAGUGCCUUUGAGAUCAGCCACAGAGACCUUGGGCUGAAUCAAACCACAUCUGAAAAAGAUUGAUCGGAGCCCUGUUUCUGUUUUAUUUCUUCUGUUUUUGGUAUGGGGAAUUAGUGUUGUUUCAUGGUUCUUGGAUUCCUGGCUUCCCAUCUCUGGUUAGUUUCAGCUAUGUCAGCUCUUCAGUUGCACGUGUUUGUAGAACAAGAAGAAAAAAGGAAAAUCGGUUAUGACCUAUACUUUCUUUAUUCACAUUUUAAAAAGUGUAUUUAAUAAAAUGAUAUAAUAGAAAAUAUGUUAGUAGUCUUAAGUCUUACCUUAUCAUAAAACUGAUGUAUUUUUACCAUUUACCCAUAAAGUAACAUUGAGUAUAUAAGAUCUGACAAACAUAUAUCAUAAUAUGAAUUAGAAGAAUCAAGGGCUGCCAUCGUGUCUAAGGAUUUUCAGUGUCUUGAUCAUUAGUUGGGAAACUGUGGCCAAUUUGAACUACUUUGUGCUGUACUUUAUGGUUCUUUAUAAAUAGAGAAAGAAAAUGAUCACUGAAGCUGUGAGAACUCUGAAUUAGGAGAUCAAAGUGUAAGUAUGUUGGUGGGGUUAUAUAACAUUAAUAUGUACAAGUUAGUUUCCGGUUACUCGUUGGUCUUUCUGAGUUCUUGUUUUUAUCUCAUUACACACAUAAUUACUCUCCAAAAUGUUUUAUAUCUGAAAAACUUUAAAAUCCUAAACAUUAUUUUUCACCAUUGAAAUUAUUUAUAAAAGAUUGGCACAAAGUUGUUUUUAGACAUGUUCAUAAAAAUGCAGCCACAUCUACAAGGUCUGUCCAGAAAAGGUCCAACCAUUGUUAAUUUAAUGGGAACAGUUUGUGUACCAUUGAUACAAUCUGGCAUCCAAGGAGAGUGGACUGGAAUGUGCAUGCGAGAACAAUGACAACUUCACUGUACUGGUCAGUGGGGGUGGUAGACCCCAUUGAGUGAGCAUGUGUCCUGUGUGGCCACUGUAGU